GUGUUUGGUGUUUCGACGAGCCUGAGAGACCUUAUCCACUGCUCUUUAAUGCCACCCCACACCGACGGCGGUGAUCUGUCUUGGCUCACAAGGCGGGUCUCCAUGGUAAUGUUCUGGAAAACAGUACGGACAAGAUAGGAGCCGUCUGGUUCACUUCUCCGAGUUCUCCCUCUUCUCCACCGUCCGGGGAUCGGACACGUCUCUCGAAAGCGAUGGAGGCGAGCUACCUCUUCGCGGAUUCGGAUCUCAGCAGCAGCGUCUGCGACCCGCCGCAGCCGGCGGCGGACCGGUGCCCGGCCGACGUGGUGGCCCUCCGCCGCCUCUCGGAGCAUCUGGGGGCUCUCCGCCUCUCGCCGGAGCUGGAGUUCUGCUCCGACGCCCGCUUCACCGUCGGAUCCGCGGGCGGCGAACCCCCGCGCGAGGUCCGCGUCCACCGGUGCGUGCUUGCCUCGCGGAGCCCCUUCUUCCGGGAGCGAUUCGCGCAGGGGGCGACGGAGCUGGAGCUGGGGGAUCUCGUCGAGGGUUUUGAGGUGGGGUUCGAGGCCCUGAGCGCGGUGCUGGACUACGUGUACACCGGCCGGGUGGGCCCGCUUCCGAGGGGGGUCUGCGAGUGCGUCGACGAGGAUUGCGACGACGUUGCUUGCUGGCCCGCCGUCGAUUUCAUGCUCCAGGUGCUCUUCGCGUCGGCUACCUUCCAGAUCUCCGAGCUCGUCAGCCUCUUCCAGCGGCACCUCCUUGAUAUUCUCGAAAAGGUGGCAACAGAUGACAUGCUGGUGAUUCUACAUGUUGCAAAUCUGUGCGGUAAAGCCUGUUCAAAAUUGCUCCUAAAGUGCAUUGAAAUUGUGGUCAAGUCAGAUAUUGAUAAUGUAACCCUUGAAAAGACAUUGACCCCUGAUAUCGUCAAGCAAAUCAUGAAGUCACGCUUAGAUGCAGGGUUACAUGGACCAGAAAGCAUUGGUUUCCCAGAUAAGAAUGUGAAGAGCAUAUACAGAGCUCUUGAUUCAGAUGAUGUUGAAUUAGUGAAAUUGCUGUUGGAUGAGGGGCACACCAGUCUAGAUGAUGCAUAUGCACUACAUUAUGCAGCCGCACAUUGCGAUUCAAAAAUUACAGCAAAGCUACUGGAUCUUGAACGAGCAGAUGUUAACCGUAAAAAUCUCAGGGGUUACACUGUUCUUCACAUUGCUGCAGUGCGUAAAGAGCCUAGCAUAAUUGUAUCCCUUCUAACAAAGGGCGCUCGAGCAUCUGAUCUCACGUCGGAUGGAAAGAAAGCAAUUCAAAUCUCAAAAAGACGUACCAGAUACAUAGAUUAUGAAAAGCCCAACCAGCAAGGAAAGGCUUCUUGUAAUGAUAAAUUGUGCAUCGAGGUACUAGAGCAAAGAAGAGAAGAAAUGUCUCUUCCUCUUGCAAUGAUGAGCGGUGACCUGCAUCAACGAUUAUCAUAUCUUGAAGCUAGAGUUACUCUAGCAAAGAUCUUAUUUCCCAAGGAAGCAAAAGUUGCCAUGGACAAUGCUCAUGUGGAUGGUACUCUGGAGUACACUUCAAACCUCUCUACUAGCAAUCAGAGGAUGGCAGUGGAUUCAGAUAGAACACCUUUUGAGAUGAAGGAUGAAUACAUAUCUCGCAUGAGGGCUCUCUGUCGAACAGGAAUCAAAGGAUUGUAUGUAUGUAUGUAUGUGGUAAAACUAAGAUGGAAGCCGUGAAAUUCAAAUCUAGAGAUGGAAACUUGUGGGGAAGCCGUGAAAUUCAAAUCUAGAGAUGGAAACUUGUAUGUAAAACUAAGUUGUAUAUAUGUAUGUAUGUAAAACUAAGUUGUUAUACAUGGAACCUGGAGAUGGAAGUCGUGAAAUUCAAAUAAAUGGAAACUUGUAGUGUUGGGGCACUAAAAGUUUGGCUGGAUAAGGGCAACUUAGUCACAAAUUUGAAAGUCUAGUCGUGUAGGCAUCUUGCUAAAAUAGUAAGGAGUGACAUAUGGAGUAGAGGGGAUCACAUUUGAGAUGCUUUUGGAGUGAGCAGAAAUGAUUGAUAAAUAUCACACUACCAUAUAGUUAUUAAGAAAUGAUUGGUGCUUUAGUAAGCCAGAAAUCUAACUCCAAAAGUCAGCUAGUUUGUUACAAUCUUAUUGCUCCUCUUGAACUGCCAUUGUGAAGUGGACCACAUAAUGAAGCAAAGGGAAAGGUGAAAGCCAGCUGAAUUACAAUUUUGAGUAAGAUUUUGGGUUAGUGUAGCAUUCUUCCAGGGAACAAGGAGCUCCACUUUGACAAGUAGAGUGUCGGCACUAUCCCCCACCCUGAAUUCUUUAUUCCCCUCAAAUAAAUAAUUGUCAAGGACGAUGCUGAAAGGAAUGAAGCAGUUGUUAUUAGGUAGGAUAUUGUGUUGAACCUACUGUCCUAUACCCUCUAGAUAUUUUUUUGCUAUCUUGAGAAUGCUCAAAUUUUGAAGUAACUGUGAUGAUUUGAGCAUGUACAUCUCUGUUAAUGAUUCAAUAGCCCAUUUGGCAAGAUUGGAAACGUUCUUCUUGCCCUUACCGUCUCUCUUGAUUCUUUGCACUCAUGUGAAGCAGAGACAAGCAUGUUCUUGUUGUCAAAUCACUUAGGAGUUUUAUAACUCACCUAUGGUAGUGGAAGGUCUAAGAACCCUCCCUAAGCACUUGAUGCAAACAUGAAGGUCACAUGGGAUGGCCCAUGUUAAUGAUGAGCCCUUUAAGUCUCUUAGUUAUUUUUUGAUCGAGUACUAUACAAUGUAGAUUGUUGUUGACAACCAUGCAGAAGGUGACAGAACUAGUCUCUUGGUGUGAGGAUCCGUGCAGGUAUGUAUUUAGUCCCACGUUAGUUAUUCGCUGGAAAAAUCUUAGAUAUUUAUACAGGACUGAUGAACCCAAAUAAUAUCUUCUGACUAGUCUUUUUAAAUGAGUUCCUAGAUUAUUAUAAAUGGUAUCAGAGCGGACCCAGCUCAUAACUCAUGUACAUUAGGAGAUACUACAGCACGUCUCAUUGGGCUGACCAUGGGCCAAUCGUGGUGUUUAUAAAUGGAUGCAUGAAUUUAAACACUUAACCUGACGAAGAUGUCAAGGCUUAAACAGGAAGAGUAUGUGAGGAUCCGUGUGAAUGUGUAUUUAGUCCUACAUUAAUUUUUCAUUGGGAAGAUCUUUGAUACUUAUACAAGAUCAGAAAUCCAAAUAGGAUUUUCCGACUAGUCUUUUUGAGUGAGAUCUUGGGUUGUUGCACUUGGUGAUUGCUUAUAGAUAAUGAUAUGAUAAAACACAACUUUGAAGAAACUGUCAUGAAGCCACGUUAGUCCUAUAAACCAAGUAGGAAUGAAGGAGCCACAUGCAUGAGUUCUGCUAUUGAUAGAGUUCAGAUUAUGUGCUGGGAUUAGCUAUGAAGUUUCUUCCAGUUGUUUUUUGUCAUAGCAUGCAGAGUUCCAGCUAAAAUUGAUAGAACUCUCUUUUUACGACCUACUUAUCUCACAUCAUCGAAUAAAGACGAGCAUAAAAACAAUGUCUAGCCUCUUAUCAUUCAUCUUUCUAUCUGGAGUCGGAAAUUCUCAAAUGGUCUGGUAAAUGAUUCUUCUAGUCUAACUACUCAUAUUUUAUGUGGUAUUGCAAUACUCA